AUGGGCAUCUGUGAGUCGAUCCUGGAGCGGAAGCGGCACGACAGCGAGAGGUCCACAUGCAGCAUCUUGGAGCAGACAGACAUUGAAGCUGUCGAGGCUCUUGUUUGCAUGAGCUCCUGGGGUCAGAGAGUCCAGAAAGGUGACCUGUUAAAGAUGAGACCCCUCACACCUAUCUCCGACUCUGGGGAUGUCAGCAACAGCGUGCUGAUGGAUGCCACCGUACCUGAGCUGCCAAAGGACUUCCACUCUUUUUCAACUCUGUGCAUAACUCCUCCGCAGAGCCCGGAGCUCAUGGAGCCAUCCACAGGGACACCUGCACCCUCCCAAGUAACGGAUUCCAAAGCGCCCUCCCCGGCAGGGAUGUCGGUGCUCAGCGGAAGCGAGGAGAAGGGCUCCCUGGAGCCUGCCCCCAGCCUGCUGUGCAGGGCUAUGGCCACGAGCGUGACCCGUCACACUGGGCUGAGUCCCGCCCCGGCCUGCUUUCCCGCCACCCAGGCUCACGAGCAGCGGUCAGCCACGGGCAGAGAAGGAGCGGCGCGGUCUGCGGGACGCGCUGGGCGUCCUGAGGCUUUGGCGGAUGCACACCUGGCAGCAGAUGUCCUCACCACUAACUUCCUUUCCUGUCAGCCUCACUUGCACUCAUUGGAAGGCCUGCUGCCCGCCUCCCAAGGCCAGCAGGCCAGGUGGCCCGCGGCAGCGCAGGCCUGCUCACCAAAGAAAGUUGAAAAUGACUUACCAAGGAAAAGCACCCCUGUGGUUUCCAUCCCUGUCGCCAGCCCCCCUGUCCUUUGCCAAAUGAUCCCCAUGUCCGGACCGAGCACCGUGCUGUCAGCUAUCCUGAAGCCCCCCCUCCUGCCAUCCUCGGGGACUGUCAAGCCCAUCCUACCCCAGGCCACGCCGGCGCCUCCGCAGGUGCUCGUGGGCCCGCCUGUGCCUCAGGGAAGUGUGAUGCUGGUGCUGCCGCAGGCCACCUUUCCCCAGCCUGCCGCCUGCCCGUCCAGCGUCGUGGCUAUUGGCAACACCAAGUUGCUGCCCCUGGCUCCUGCCCCGGUGUUCAUUGCCUCUAGCCCAAACUGUGCCCCUCAGGUAGACUUUUCCCGAAGGAGGAACUACAUCUGCAGCUUUCCUGGCUGCCGGAAGACCUACUUCAAAAGCUCCCACCUCAAGGCCCAUCUUCGCACACACACGGGAGAGAAGCCCUUCACCUGCAGCUGGGACGGCUGCGACAAAAAGUUUGCGCGCUCAGAUGAGUUGUCCCGCCACCGCAGAACGCACACGGGGGAGAAGAAGUUCGUGUGCCCCGUCUGCGACCGGCGCUUCAUGCGCAGCGACCACCUGACCAAGCACGCCCGGCGCCACAUGACCACCAAGAAGAUCCCGGGCUGGCAGGCGGAGGUGGGCAAGCUGAGCAGGAUUGCCUCGGCAGAGGGCCCCGGCAGUCCCCCGCCGCCCUUGCCAGCCUCCGCCUGAGAGGCAGCACUGGACCCACCACCGGCCGGCGCGGCGACUGCGCUGCCUUGCUUUUCUGGCCAGGGCCUGUGUCUUUUGUCGUUUCAGAAGGGUUUUGUUUGGUUUUGUGUUUUAGAGGAAAUGGAAGAAAAUUUGACCGUCUGAAUCACCAGCACUCAAGCAAACAUUUCGGCAAUAAAGUUUACAAAUUCUGGAUUAUUCGCAACCUUUCUAUUCAUGUUUUGUAGAAAUGAGACAGGGUACUAAUUUUUAUACUUUUUUAUAAAAAUAUUUAUAUUGUCGGUGCUCCAGUCACCAGUUUCUAGAUAAGAUGAUUUACAGCCUUUUUUUUCCUGUGUUCAGUAACAACGUUGUAUAAUGACCCCACUUUUAGGAAGCUUGGUGCAUUGUUCAGAAGUUCUGAGGUCUAAAAAGCUCUUUUAGACCUCAGAACUUUCUGGAAUCAUAACUGGUGAGUGAGGGUCUCUUAAAAGGGAAAAAUACAUUUCCUAGUCAACUGACUAGCAUAGUAGCUUCUAGAGAAUCCCAUGCCAUAGUCCUGCAGCCCAAGGAACAGACAUCCCAGCUGGCUAGGACUCGUCACCUGUGUCCAUGGUGCAGUGUUUGAGGGAUGCCGGAGAGUCGUCGGGUCCCUGGCCAGCUGUGGCAGGGCCUGGGCAGGGCCCGCAUGACCCGCAUAGAGCAAGGGAG